GACGCUGUGGAAUUCAAAUCUAGCAGACCAAUCAACGAUCGCCAAAACGACCGAGCCAGCAUUUUAAAUUUGUACGAGACACUUGUUAUCGAAAAGGCAGAACGGGACAAGGCAACCGCUGCCGGGGAAGUCUGCGCAAGAAUUCUGCCUCCGGUUUUUUUUUUAAUUAAUUUAUUUAAUCUUGGGACCUGUCGGCCUUUAAAUGUUAGUCAACGUUUGCGGUUUAGAUCGUUUGUUAGUAUUUGCUGUAAAUUGAGGCGUAGAAAAAGUUAGCUUCGAAGGCUAAACUAACGUCGGUUGAGUUGGAGGGUUAAACAACACUUUAGCCCUUGUUUAAUAACUUUUGCGUUUCGACUUCUUUGGAGUUUUAUUAACGCGGAAAGAGCACUUUUAAAGUACACCAUGAGUGCUGCUAUCGCAAAGCCGGCGCAGCCGUCCGGACACGUCGACCCAAAAUCGGCUCCUCUGAAAGAAAUCCCAGAGGUUUUGGUGGAUCCCCGCACCCUGAGGAGAUACUCCAAGGGCAGGUUCCUCGGCAAGGGGGGCUUCGCCAAAUGCUUCGAAAUUACAGACAUGGAGACCAAGCAGGUUUUCGCUGGCAAAAUAGUGCCCAAGUCGUUGAUCCUGAAGCAGCACCAAAGGGAGAAGAUGAGCUCGGAAAUCUCCAUUCACAAGAGCCUCAAUCAUGCUAACAUCGUGGGCUUCCACGGCUUCUUUGAGGACGACGACUUUGUCUAUGUGGUCCUGGAGAUCUGCAGGAGAAGGUCCCUGUUGGAGUUGCACAAGCGCAGGAAGGCGGUCACGGAGCCGGAGGCUCGCUACUACAUGACCCAGCUGCUGAAAGGGGUCCAUUAUCUGCACAGCAACAAGGUCAUCCACAGAGACCUGAAACUGGGGAACAUCUUCCUCAACGACGACAUGGAAGUCAAGAUAGGUGACUUUGGUUUGGCCACAAAGAUUGAGUUUGAUGGUGAACGGAAGAAGACCUUGUGUGGAACGCCCAACUAUAUCGCUCCGGAAGUGCUGUGCAAGAAAGGCCACAGCUAUGAAGUGGAUGUCUGGUCACUUGGGUGCAUAUUGUACACUUUGUUAGUCGGCAAGCCUCCGUUUGAAACCUCAUGCCUGAAAGACACAUACAACCGGAUCAAGAAGAACAAUUACACCAUCCCCUGGCAAAUCAACCCGUCAGCCUCGGCUCUCAUCAAGAGGAUGCUGCAUGCCGAUCCUGCCCAGAGGCCCACCAUCACUGACCUGCAGACGGAUGAGUUCUUCACAUCGGGAUACGUCCCCCUGCGGCUGCCCACCACUUGUCUCACUGUGCCCCCGCGGUUCUCCAUUGCCCCCUCCAUGGCUGCAGAGCUCAGCCAGAGGCGCCCCCUGACUGCCAUAAACAACAAAGCCGGCACAGAGAAGGUGGACAUGAAAGACGAGCCUGCUCCACUAGAGGCGGAGCCAGAAGAAUGUUACCUGAAGGACAUGCUGCAGCAGCUCAACAGCAUCAUCUCUGCCAAGCCUUCAGAGAAGGCGGUCAUUCGGCAAGAGGAAGCAGAGGAUCCUGCGUGUAUUCCCAUCUUUUGGAUCAGUAAAUGGGUCGACUACUCUGACAAAUAUGGAUUAGGAUACCAGCUUUGUGACAACAGUGUUGGUGUUCUAUUCAACGAUUUCACCCGACUCAUCAUGUAUGCUGAUGGCGACAGUCUGCAGUACAUUGACAAGAAGGCUGCUGAGUCCUAUUUAAGCGUUCGCUCAUUCCCUGCUUCUCUCAACAAAAAGAUUACAUUACUGAAAUAUUUCCGCAACUACAUGAGUGAGCAUCUCCUGAAAGCUGGUGCCAACAUUGCGCGCCGUGAAGGUGAUGAACUGGCCCGGCUGCCUUACCUCUGCCUCUGGUUUCGAACCAAGAGCGCCAUCAUCCUGCACCUCAGCAAUGGAACGGUUCAGAUCAACUUCUUCCAGGACCACACUAAGCUGAUUCUGUGUCCACUGAUGGCCGCGGUGACCUACAUCAACGAGAAGCGAGACUUCCGCACCUACAAGCUCUCCCUGCUGGAGGAGUUUGGUUGUAGCAAAGAACUAGCCAGUCGCAUGCGUUACGCCAAACUCAUGGUGGAGAAGCUGCUAGAAACCAAACCAACGCCCGCUGCUCAUUAGGUCCCCUGCAUGAUCGGUCAAAUCUGCCUCCCUCAGAGCAGCACCAGUUCAUUUUAUUUACAGCUUUAUUUUAAGACCUUGAAAUUCACCACGGACUUCGUUUUUUAUUAUGAAUAUGGAUUGUCAACCUCUAAAAAUGUGUUAAUAAAAAGUUUGACUCUUUUAACAAAGCCCUUGGUGCCUCUACUGACAUCUGCUGGAUCAUUGCAGCAUAGCAGAACCGGGACAGUCGUCAGUCCUAAGGGCAAUCUUGAAAGUUAUUUUGUUUACAAGUUACCAUAAAGUUGAGCAUCGUUUUUAAAUAUUUUCUGUCUACUUUUUUGCAAUUGGAAAAGUUGUCUUUGAUCUUAAGGCUGUGAGGAAAAAGUAUGUGAUGACUGAGAUUCAGCCUGGUUGUACAGGUGUGUUAAACGAUCCUGGUUGAAUUUGUAUGUUUUUAUCUCUUGUCUGAAGAAGUGGACCAUGUUAAUGUCUUCAUCAUGUACAUUGUUCCUGCAGUUUCCCUUCUUUUUAAAUGUUCUAGUUCUUUUGUUCUACAGAAUAUACAAACUUGUACAUAAUACUGAUUACACAGACGUCUCUACAUGGUGUAAUGUUUCCUAAGAUUAAAUAAAGAUUUUCUUGAUUUAGGCACUA